GCGAAGGACGCCGCGCGCGAGCGCGCCUGGUCGGCGCUCGAAGCGUCGGGCGCCGCGCGCGACGCCGGCGGUCCGCGCGGGCGCAUUCCCGAUUUCGCCGGCGCGGAGGCGGCUGCGGCGCGGCUCGCGGCGACGGAUGAGUGGCGGCGCGCGGCCGUCGUCAAGUGCAACCCCGACCCGCCGCAGGCGCCCGUGCGGCGGCGCGCGCUCGAGGACGGCAAGACGCUUUACGUGCCCGUCCCCUGCCUCACGGCGGACACGCCUUUCCUGAAGCUGGCGCCGGCGGCGCUCGCGGCCGCGGGCGUGCCCUUCGCGGACGCCUCGGACGCCGCCGGCGCCGCGAGGCACGGCGAGCCCGUGCGCUUCGACGAGAUGGAGCCCUUCGGCAUCGCGGUCUGCGGCACGGUCGCGGCGGCGCGCGAUGGCGGGCGCCUCGGCAAGGGCGGUGGGUUCGCGGACCUGGAGAUGGGCGUAUUCCGACACUUUGGGUGGAUGACGGCGGCGACGCCCGUCGCGACGUCGGUGCACGAGGCCCAGGUCGUCGACGCGCUCGACGUCGCGCUCGACGCGUGGGACGUCCCGCUGGACCUCGUCGCGACGCCGGGCGGGCUCGUACGCACGGGGACGGCGCUCCCGAAACCGCGCUGCACCGUCGCCUGGGACGCCGUGCGCGCGGACCAGCUCCGGGACAUCCCGUUCCUCGCGGCGCUCCGGACGCAGAUGGAGGAGGGUAAGCCGCGGUAA